UAAUUUGAGUGCUUCUUGAAAUGGGUGAGACAACAAAAGGAGAUGCUACAAAACCAUCACCGAAUCAAAUCUCCCCACCUAAAGAUUCUUCACUUGAUCACCAAACACUAAACCCAUCACUCCUCCACCACCAACACCAAUCUUUCCUGUCUUCUCCCAUCUUCAUCCCAACCGUCUCUUCUCCAGGAGCUCCUGUCAUCCCCAAACGACCACGUUUCAGCUCUUCCGGCGGUCUCUCCCCACCUCAAUGGAGAGCCUUGCCGUCACCUUCCACCGUACCAACCGCCUCCACAAUCUCUUCAUUACCGUCCCCUUCCACCGCCGUCAUAGCAGCCUCUUCUACCGAAACCGCCGGAUCUUCACCGCUGGUUCAAGAAGCUACAAACACCGAGAAACAACAACCCGAAACGGAGUCCUUUCAACAUAAAUUUAGAAAAGGGAAAUACGUGAGCCCUGUGUGGAAACCAAACGAGAUGCUAUGUCUAGCAAGAGCAUGGAAAGUCCAGUACCAAAACCAGAGAACCGGGUCUGGAUCCGGAUCCGGAUCCGGGUCGGGCGAGGGAAGAGGGAAAACAAGGGCUGAGAAAGACAGGGAAGUAGCCGAGUACCUAAACCGGAAAGGUGUAAACCGGGAUUCGAAAGUCGCUGGCACAAAAUGGGACAACAUGCUUGGUGAGUUCAGGAAAGUGAACGAGUGGGAGAAAGGAGCAGAUAGAGAGAGGUACGGUAAGAGUUACUUCAGGCUCUCUCCUUACGAGAGGAAACAACAUCAACUUCCCGCGUCUUUCGACGAAGAAGUGUACAAUGAAUUGGCUCUUUUCAUUGGUCCACGUGUCAGAGCUCCGACUAUUAGCCGCAGUGUGAGUGGCGGAGCUACGGCGGAUGUUACCUUAACGCCUCCGUCUGCUGAGACGCUUCCUCCUCCUCUUCAUCCACCGGUUAUGACUUCAAGAGAUGAUGAUAUUAAUAAUAACCCUAUCACUUCCAUCGGAAGAGGGAAGAGAUUAGCAUUAUCAACAGUUGGAGAUGAUCAUCCUCAGUAUCCGUAUUCAAGCAACAUUGCUAGAGGGUCAGGUUUAUUCUCUAAUAGAUCAUUGUACUAUAAUCCUUCUUGCGAGAGGAUUCCUUCUUCUUCUUCAUCUUCCUCUCUAAAAGAUCUUCGCCGUGUUGGGAAAAUACGGUUAACUUGGGAGGAAUCGGUUAACUUGUGGGCUGAAGAAGGAGAGGUUGAUUAUGGGAGAAUUAGGGUUUGUGGGUCGAGUUUCUUGAAUGCAGAUGAGCUCACCUACUUGGAUGAUUCCAUGGUGGCUUCUACAAUGGAAUCUUUCGAAGAUGGACCUCUCAAAGGAUUUUCUUUGGAUAAAUUCAUUUCUGGUCAACAUCUUAAAGUCUUUGGGAGACAAAAGUCAACUUCAUCAUCUGCUCCUCCACUUUCAGUGAAUAUGGCAUUUGAUAGGGCUCAGCUUCCACACUCCGAGCACAUUCACAAAUCAAUAUCAACGUUGGAGUUCCAAGACCCAUCAGAGCACUGCUUGAGUAAAUUGCGGGUGCCGGCGGGGAAUCUUCCGAGCAUAACUGAGCUCGCACGGUAUCUUCAAGAACCACCGCCGGAAAAUCUCCGGUUUCCUCUUCGACUAGACGUUUACAAUGACUUGCCACUGGGAAAAGAGCUCUUCUUCUCCACCUCCUCCACGGAGCUACUUGAUUGUAGAGCAAUCACAUAUGAUAUCCUCGGUCCCAUAAUGUCCCCCUUAAAUAUGGGUUUCGUGAUCUUUAACAAAGACUCGCUGAUACCGCUUUGGGAAGACUGCGUUAACCGAAUGGUUUCAAAGUUUUGUGAAAUGGUGGUUUUGCGUAAACCGGAUUCGUCUUCUUGUGUUGAAAACGUCCAAGAUCAGUGGCCUAACGUGAUGGGAUUUGUAAAAGGGUUUGGUUUAUGGAGGGGAGAAGAGGUUGAUAAGGUACGAGAAGGUGCACCUGAUCCUUCUUCUCUAUUGGUCGAAAAGAUUCUUUGGUCGUACAAUGAUCUUCCAUACAUUCUUGGUUAUCACGCAAAAGGGCUCACCGUAACGUUCUGCUCUUUGAGCCGCUCUUCGCAUGAUCGAGUGACCUGCACUGAUCUUUAUUCAUUUGAUGUCUCGUCACCAUCGGACCGAAUCAAGGCAUUGGUUCCUUGUUACCGUCUCGCUUCUCUUUUACCUUUGCUUGCAGAUCAGUGCACUGCGAGUCGUUUAUGUUACAACGACUACGAGAGAAUCAAUCAUGGAGAUUUAUUGACUGAGAUGACCCCUCACACGGUGACUAAGUAUUACUCAAGCAAGAGAAAAUGGAACGUAACGAAAGGAAUCUACGACUUUCUCGACCAACGAAUUCCACACGCGGAGCAUUUGGACAGGGCAAGCGAGAAGGAUCUCUCGUUGAGCUUUAAGCCACGUGGAAUCAGAGUCAAACCUCUAAAUGUUGACCAGCUCAUCGAGUCUCUGAUGUGUGUGACGAGAGCGCUUGUUGCGCUUCACGACCUUUCGUUCAUGCAUCGUAACAUGGGAUGGGAAAAUGUAAUGAAAAGCGAGACGACGACAACAUCGAACGCCGAAUGGUUUGUUUGCGGGUUCGAAGAAGCGGCUGAGUCCCCACAGCUCAACCCGCACCGCCUUGCGGCACAGGAAGAGGAGGAGGAGCGUGGGAGACACGCGCCGGAGAUGGAGAGAGGAUUGCAUGCGGUGAAAGUGGAUGUGUGGGGAGUAGGUUAUAUGAUAAAGACUUGUGGAGUGAGUAAUGUUCCAAAGAUGUUAAGAGAACUUCAAGGUAAGUGUUUGGAACCGAACCAAGAGAACCGACCGACCGCAGCCGAUUGCUUCCACCACCUCCUCCAGGUUCAGCCUGCCGUUCCAUCGUCGUAUUAG